CUGUUCAAUGAUUCGACUUUUUGUGUUUGUUUACCACUAUAUCGAUCCAUCGCCAAAACAGAACAACUGGCUAUUCCGCCCCCAAAAUUGUAAAUCAAGGGUAUGUAGGGCCUCGUUGAAGUUGUACAGUAUCGCUGUAUCUGCUGGUCGGAUCUGUUUCCGGUUGCGUCGUUGUUUGUCUCACUGACUUCUGCUUCCGUCUCUUUUAUAUCCCGCCCGAAGUGUCCAUUUCGACUUCAUCCCAGCACAUUUUUUCACACAAAUUACAGAUUUGUAGACACUGAGAACGGCUGUAGUUGAAUUGCACAAGACAUCGUUGUACAGUGAUUAAGCUUGGGUUUUGUCUGUACAUAUGCUCCUGUCAUGGGUCAGCUGUCUGAAUUUCGAGCCUCGGAUCCUAAUGCUUAUUCACAAAAGCUCGGAUUCAAGACAGAGAGUGAAGCUUUACAUGCUUGGAAAUUAGAACGUAACGGCAUGGGAGUCUCGAAUGAAUGGCAUUUUCCGUCCAUUUCUCAGAUGGGUUCUCAUUCUACAACCGUGUCUCCAAGUGCUGCAACGGUAACAAACGCCUUUUUUCCAAGUCCACCGCCAUCAGCGUUGCCUCAAGAUUAUCACGAUGUCAGUGGAAUGUUUGGAAAUGGUCCAAGACAGUCAUUGACUGAGCCGAGUAGUAUUGACAGCGGCUUUCUUCGUUCUUCCCAGUCAUCAUCUUCCCUGAGUGGGUUUACGCCGACACACACAACUGUUCUCCACCCUUUUUCUUCCGUUGAUUUGAAUGGAAAAGGUUCUGUCGGUUCUCAGGACGGCAAAAUGAACAGCUUCUCUCGACUCAGUGUGGAUGAGAACGUAUUUCGAAAAUCGAGUUCUUCUUCUCUUAUCGGACAAGGACCGGCUUCCUCCAUUGGGUCUCUUCCUUCUGCGAAGUUGUCUAGCAGCUACAAAGGCAACCUCAACAAUUUUCUUGGUUAUCGGAUACCCAAUAGCGCUCCUAUUUUAUUUGACCAUGGAAUUCAUUCACAAUCUGUUUCGCUUCCUCCGACACAGAACGAUUUUCCGUCUCCGCUUGGGGAGCCAGCUACGAAUUCGCAUAAAAUGUUCCCACUCGAACAGCAACAGCAUUCUUCUCGUUCUGAAGACCUGCUUUAUUCCCCCUCAAAUACUGCAGCUGCUUUUAAUUCUUCCCUUCUUUCACGACACAAUAGUUUGCGCCGAAGGUCAAGCCUGAUUGCCGGAUCAUCGCUGUCUCAAAGCAACAAACAGGUCCACUCCCCCUUGGAAUACUGGCCUCCCUCCUCGCAGGGGAUGUCUCAAGGAAUACCUGCUCAAUCACGUUCUCUUUCUUACAAUUUCUCACCGGAGCAUCAAGCUUUUAUGACUUCGCCUACGGAGCAACCAACACCCUCGGAUAUUGUUGCUACGUCGCCAUACCAUAGCUCAUUAAAUUCUCCAUUUGCUUCAGCAAAUACGUUUCAGUCAAAACUUCCAGACUCCUCUGGGCUUUCAAAUAUUGGUUCGGCCGUCGCUUUUGGUCCGAAUGGUACUUCUCAUCAUAGUAAAUUUCGUCCGCACGUAGCGGAGCAGCAUCAACCGAAUUUCCAUUUCGGGAAUCCAACCGAUGAAAUCUUUGAACUGGAAUCCAAAUCUGCUAGCGCCCCCAUACGUGCACAUUCGCCUACAUCUGCGGGGUUAUCGAAUGCUGUUGGUCACUUAGUCUUGUCCGGCAACUCUUCUUCAUUCAUGUCUUCAAAGCAAGUUUCCUAUUCUUCCGAGGAAAAGCAAUCUGAUUCCGCUACGGAUUACACCACUCGAAACAAAAUCCUUCACGAUAUUCGAAACAAUAAACAUAAGAAGCUCGAAAUUAAACAACUUGUCGGGCAUCUCGCUGCUUUUAGUACGGAUCAACAUGGCUCGAGAUUCUUGCAGCAAAAAAUUGAAACUUGUUCUGACGAAGACAGAGCCCUGCUGUUUCACGAUAUUGUGAACGGCAAUUGUUUACAACUUAUGAUGGACGUUUUUGGAAACUAUGUUGUUCAAAAGCUCUUGGAGUUUGGCACAGACGAACAACGAGAGGUAUUCACUGAAAAAAUGAAGGGUCAUGUGCUCACAUUAUCACUGCAAAUGUAUGGUUGCAGGGUUGCACAAAAGGCGCUUGAACACAUCCCCUUGAAUCGCCAAGUUGAGCUCAUUCAAGAACUUGACGGUGACGUCCUUAAAUGUGUUAAGGACCAAAACGGAAAUCAUGUUAUUCAAAAAGCCAUUGAAUGCAUUCCUUAUGGACAUUUACAGUUUGUUGUGGAUGCUGUAAUGCCCAAUGUGUAUAACUUAUCUUCCCACCCAUACGGGUGCCGUGUUAUCCAACGUAUCAUUGAACAUUUUGCGGAUGCUCGAAGCAGUGUAUAUCUUCAGCUGCAUACCCAAAUACUACACCUUGCUCAGGACCAGUACGGAAACUACGUGAUUCAACAUCUGAUGAAGAAGGGUUCACCUUCCGAACAGAGAGAAAUUGUUGAAGUAGUUCUUGGAAAUGUUUUGCAUUUGAGUCGCCAUAAGUUCGCUUCUAAUGUUGUGGAAAGAUGCAUCUCAUACUGCAGUGACACUGAUCGUGAACGGUUCUUUAACAGCUUACUUGGUGAAAACGAGGACGGCGACACAUACUUGCUCAAUCUAAUCAAAGACAAGUAUGCGAAUUAUGUGAUCCAAAAGCUUAUUGAUGUGUCAAAACCUGAGUUGAGGGAUCGUAUAAUUACAGUUCUUAAUCCUCAUCUAAACGUACUAAAAAAUUAUACAUAUGGAAAACAUCUGUAUUUAGUUGUUGAGAAAUUUCAACGAGGCAAUGCAGAAGAACCUUCUGAAAAUUCUAAAACUGUUAUGACCAAUAUGCCCUAAUAUUACGUGCACGAAUGUUUGCAUACGUUUUCCUUUUUCCUUUUUUUUGUAUUUUCGUUGACGUUUUUGUUCUUUGUUGGCACUUUUACGCUUCACUUGUUGAAGCUGUUGUCUUGCAACUAAUAUCUUUUUUUUUCUUUUGGAUUAGGUAAGGUUUUUCUCGCUUACUCUGUUUUGUUUUAUUAAAUAGUUGCUUCGGGAAGUUCUGGAACCUGAUGCCUCUCUCCCUGGCAAUUGCUGUCUGUUUCAGAUACUUUUUUCACAUGAUUACGCUUGCUCCAGACAACGUCUGAGCCUUUAGUCUGUAGCGUUAUGGGGCAAAAUUCUGUUAAUAUAUUCAAGUGUAUUUAAAUGAAAAGAAAACGUUGCUUACUCCCUUACUGUUCUUGUGGAGCACAAUUAGCAGCCUCAUCUAAAUGUGAAGUGUCACCAAAACAAUGAAUGUGUCCUCCUUCCUUAGAGAGAAGCUCAAUUUCAGUAACACCAGUGUUACUUGUAAUAAAUUUCUUUUCAUGUUUCUCUUUUUCAAAGGUAAAACCCUUCUCUUGCAUGAAAUGGUCACGAAGAGCAUUGAUAACGCCUCCAUGGCAUAGCACAACGACGCACUUCUUCUGUCCGUACAAUGGAAUGAUCUUUUCGUCCCAAAACUUCAGCAACCGUUUCAAAAGGCUGCUGUAACCUUCGCCAAAACGGUCUGGGUGAUUCUCUGCCAAGAGCUUCUUUGCUUCAGCGACUGGCAUUCCCUCAAGUUCACCAAAGACGCGCUAUUUGUUAAUUACUUGAACCAAAGAUACACGGAUAAUUUGUCCAAACAGUGAACAGACAAAGUGUAGCAGUGAGAGCAAACAAACAGUUUAUAAAUAGAUACUCCAACAAGUUUUACAUACCUCACGGAUUAAGUCUGAGUAUUCAAUUGGAACAUCAGGGCGAGUCUUAACGAACGGAGCAAUCGUCUUCGAUGGUCAAUAUUGGAAAAUCAUUAUAACACAAUGUUUUUACCUGUUUGCAACGCGACAUUGUACUGCAAAAGACCUGGUCUACAUCGAGUUUUGCAAGUCUUUUAGCCACUAAUUCUGCUUGUUGCUUGCCAUCCGCGUUUAAUUCCGCAUCGAAAGAUCCUUGCUAGAAAAAUUGUCAGAAAACGUUACAUAAAAAAGAAAGCCACGAACCAAAAUCUUCGCCUUAUUUCUGUCAGUUUCACCGUGACGAACGAGAAAGACGCGCAUUCUGUGAUAUGUGAAGGACAAACCGUU